UCCAGUAUCCACCUACGUACCUGGAUGGACGCCAGGUGUAAAGCUUAUAUGAAGGGUAUACAUUAGUCAUUUCAUUUUCCAUGUUCCUCCUUGAGGCACAGAACAAAAACGGGGAACACUGAGUCAGUCCUGGAUUCUUCUGUUUAAUUGUUCUGUUCUCUCGAGGAUCAAGUGAUUAAAUUUGAAAAGAAAAAAAAUAUUGGGUCGGUGUUAAUGUUGAGUUUGGUUUGUUCCGUCCUUGAAUAGUGUAAGGAAAAGAAAAACAGAAAAGGGAAGAGGUGGAGGGGCACGUGUGUGACAUGAAAUGGCAGGCCGCGUUUGUUGCAUGAGGUCCUGUCGUGUUGGCCUGCCCUGAUCUCGAAUUGUCCGGAUGUUUGCAUAAACGUCCAAUGCCAUAUGCAAAGCAACCAAUGUCUCACACAAAACAACGCCAAACAUUAAUUUGGUGUUCCUUCCAUCCCCUCCCAACCCAUAUCUUCCAUGUUGCCCAAACUCUCCAAAUGCAUCAGCUUCACCGCUUCCCGCGACUGGCUCUACCGCCACCUCUUCGCCGCCGCCGGCCUCCGCUCCGUCGCCACCGACCUCGGCGAGGGCACCACCAUGCACUGCUGGGUCCCUAAACUCCACAAGCCAUGCAAGCCCAGCCUCCUCCUCGUGCACGGCUUCGGCGCCAACGCCAUGUGGCAAUACGGCGAACACAUUCGCCACUUCAUGCCGCACUUCAACGUCUACGUCCCUGACCUCGUCUUCUUCGGCGACUCUUUCACGUCGCGCCCCGAGAGGACCGAGUCCUUUCAGGCCCAAUGCGUUGUCAAGAUGAUGGAGGCUCACGGGGUGCACCGUAUGAGCCUCGUCGGGAUCAGCUACGGCGGCUUUGUCGGCUACAGCGUGGCGGUUCAGUUCCCCGAGGUGGUGGAGAAGUUGGUGCUGUGUUGCGCCGGCGUUUGCUUGGAGGAGGUUGACAUGGAAAAUGGCUUGUUUAGGGUUUCCAAUUUGGAUGAGGCUUCCAGCAUUUUGGUGCCGCAGACGCCUGACAAGCUCAGGGAGUUGAUGAAGCUCUCCUUUGUUAGGCCCGCCAGGGGUGUUCCUACUUGGUUCCUUCAAGAUUUCAUUCAUGUGAUGUGUACAGUCCACAUUGAAGAGAAGAGAGAAUUGCUUGAGGCAAUAUUGAAAGAUAGGCAACUUUCUGAUCUUCCCAAGAUCCAACUGCCAACUCUAAUUUUAUGGGGAGAUCAAGAUCAGGUAUUCCCAUUGGAGUUAGGCCACAGAUUAAAAAGGCAUAUAGGGGAAAAUGCUCAAAUGGUAGUCAUAAAGAAUGCAGGGCAUGCAGUGAACCUAGAAAAGGCUAAAGAGUUUAGCAAGCACUUGAAAGCAUUCCUAAUAGAUACUCAAACUACAAAGUCAUGUCCCUCCUCACCACUUUCUUCUGGGGAGAAAGACGAUUUAUAACUUUAUCUCAUUUAGAAGCUAGAACCAACUUCCUUGCCAGUGAUUUCAGCUUUUCCUAAAUAAGAGCUUUUGUCAGAUCCAAUUUUCGAUAUUUUCUGGGGGAAUUACUCGUAUUUUUUAAUUUGGAAGGGGGUGGGGGGUGGAAUAUAAUUUUUUUUUUCUUCUGAUUUAAUGCAAAGAAAGGCUUAGCGUGCUAGUUUCUUCCAUUUUUGGUAACGGUUGGAUGUGGGGAAGGUUCUCUGUUAUUUAUUUAUUUUUGUUUCUCAGGACAUAUGUACAAGAAUAAAUAAUUUCAGAACAUAUGUACAAGAAUAAAUAAUAAAUG